CGGUUUGGUUUGUGUUCAGCGGCCAGUCGACUCAGAGCCCGAAAAAAAACACCCACUGAAUAUAACUUUAAGCCGUGAAAAUUCGUUUCAUUUUCUUCCAUCGAUCGAUCGUUCGAUCGUUGUUGCUGGUGCUGGUGUGAACUGUUCGCUAAUUUGAAAAUAACGAUUCGAAAUUUGGCAAUUAAACUAAAAUAAAGUGCAACGAGAAAGGGCCAGACAGAUCCCCCAAAAGACAAACAGACAGCAGCCAGCGGCAGAUAAGCUGUAAACUAAUCAAAUGAAUACAAAGCCCAACACAAUAAACCCACAGUAAGGGAAACGUUGGCCAUUAAUUCGCAUUUAAUUAGGGUCGGUUUCUGUUUCGAUCCGAAUCAACGAAUAUUACAAUUUGAUUGCGUGCAAAAGACCUUUGUAUAUCGUCUGGGAGAGAGCCGGAGAGAGCGAGAGUAGUGCGGUGGAGCGGUCCUCAUUUGAAUUGGAUUACGUCGCUAUAUUGUUGGAUAUAUCUCAUUUAGAUACACCGUCACAAUGAUGCUGAGACAUUUCAACAGCAGCCUGCCCUGGGCGCUUCUGGUGCUGCUCUUGCUGGCCGCUCUCACGCUGCAGUUGGCCAGCGCCGGCGGGGAGCAGGAGGAGGGCGAGGGCGAGAGUGCCAGCACCGAGAGCAAUGAGAUCAUUCCGCGCGAGGCCAUCCAGAAGUUGGACUACUCCGUGCGCCAGGCGCUGCUGCGGGCCAUCGACAAGCUGGAGCAGGAGGAGGCGGCCGCCUCCGCAGCUGGCGUGACGGAGAGCGGGGAGAGUGGCAGCCCCAGAAGCAGCGGAUCGCGAACGACUCUGGCACGGAACGAGGCCACCACACUGCCAUCGCCACGGGAAAAGGACGAGAUCCUCGAGGAGAGCACCAACAAGGCGGAGUCGGAUUCGGAGCCGGAGGCUGUGGUGCCCACCGUGCAGUUCUACACGGCCACCUUCGACGAGCGGAAUGCCCAGGAGCAGCUUCUCUCCUCCUUCAUCGAUCGCUCCAAGCUGUGGAAGAAGACCACGGUGCUGAGGAAGCCUAGCGCCCUCUCCAUUGAGCCAAGGUCCGUGGAGGCGGGUCCGGACAAUCGCCAGCUGACACGCAGCGUGGACUCCGGCUCUAGCUCCGGAUCGGGGUUGGGGUCCGUGAGCAGCAACGAGAUCUCCCACGACGGCAGCCAUGAGAUCAAGUUCGAGAUCAGCAAUGUACGGAGGGUGGAAACCACCACAGCGGCAACCACCACCACCCCAACGACGAGUACAACCUCGACGACGCCUCGUCCACGCACCACACGGCGUCGUCCCACAACAACAACCACAACGACAACGACCACAACGACACCCAGACCCACACACAACGAGGACGGGGAGAACAUUGAGCUGGUCGACAAGCAGGACAUUCGCAUCCAGGAAGCGCCACUCGUCACGGCCUUCACGGUGGAUCUCGAUGAGCGGGGAACAGCGCAAAAGUUCCGUCCCCUGGUGUCCGGGGCACAGCGUUCCAACUAUCCGCAGCAGCAGCAGCAACAGCAGCAUCCACACAUUGGACCCACCAUCACCAAGCUUAAUGUGCUAGAGACGGAGCCACCGGCCAUACCGCUGCCCACACAGUACCCGCCCACCGGCAGCAGUAGCAGCAGCAGCACCACCACCACGCAGGUCAGCACGAGUACGAGCCUCAGCAAUGGAUUCUCCACCACGCCCGCAUUCCUGGCCAGCUCCACCGCCAACUAUGCCAAGCAGGAGCCACUCACCGAUCUGGCGGCGCCGCCCAGCGUAAACAACUAUCUGAUCGAGCGGCAGCGUGCCCUGGAGCAGCAGAUCUACCAGCUGAAGGUGCAAGCACAGCAGCAGCAAGCGCUGAUCUUGCGCCAGUUGAAGCUGCUGGAGGAGCAGAGCCAGAGCCGCUUCCAGGGCGCACCACUUGCGCAAUCUAGCACAUUGCAGCCACAACAACAACAGCAGCAACAGCAGCAACAGCAGCAACAACAGCAACAGCAACAACAACAGCAGCAACAACAACAGCAGCAACUGCCCCAAGUCCAACAGCAGCAACAGCAGCAUCAACAUGGUUCGUUGGAGGCCAUUCAGACGCUGCAACCACCGGCUGUGGGUUACUCCAUAAGACCUUCGGUGGAAUUUAUACCCAGCACACAUACCAAAACUGUUAUUUAUCCCACAUAUCCAAUUGAGCAGCAAUUGCCGCUCCGCGAUGCCGUUUCGGGUCAUAAAUUUUCCCUGAACAACGGCAAUAGCCAAAGUAACUACCAGAAGCUGCCGGGCCCCGCCCCCUCGAAUGCAGUGCAGCAGAUUUUCCAAAACUUGCAGCAAUCAUUGCAGAAAUCGAAUGAAAAUUCCAUCAAUAACAAUCUGCAGGUACAGCCCUCGAAUCAGUUCAACUUUGCCCCCGCGGAGGCGUCGCACCAGCAGGCACUGCCUCAGCACAGCUUCAAGCAAUUCCAACAGCCCCACCAGCAGCAACAACAACAGCAGCAACAACAGCAGCAACAGUUGCUGCUCCCCAGCUACGUGAGCAGUGCUCUUUACCAGCAGCAACAGCAGCAGCAGCAACAUAGGGGACGCCAGUUUCGCCAGGAGUCGGGAGUGGGCAACUUUGGCCUGAAUUCAAAUGUGGAGAUCCAGCCGAGCAACUCCUUUGCCACCACCAUCGUCAGCCAGCAGCAGCAGCAGCAGCCCAACUCGAAUCCCAAUCUCGACAAUCAGAACUUCUAUCGGCAGCAUCUGACGCCACAGCUGAGCAAUCAACUCCAACAGAAUGCUCAGCAGUAUCUGCAACAGCAGCUCCAGCAGCAGCAGCAACAGCAGCAGCAGCAACAGCAGCAACAGCCACAGGUCGGCGAUGCGACAUCCAACAUUAGUCCAGCUCUCAACCAUGGGAUACCACAGUUCGCCUCACAAAAUCUGCACUUCAAUGGCGCCUUCUGAGCACUUGCACCACCAGCACCAAUCCAGCACCAGCACCAGCCCUACCCGCCCGAUGCACCCCACAAAAGGCACAAAACAAAAAUGUACCUCCAGCAAUAUGCACCUCCGUUUCUGGUCCCGUUCCCGUACCCGUACCUGUUUCCUUCCUCCCCCAGAGCCAGAUGUCCACCGCCCUUCCCAUCCGGUUGAAUUAAGUUUUACGUACAACAUCUGUGUAAAUAUUCAUUCUAUUUUAAAAGUUAAGGAUUAAGAACUAAGCAAAAUUAAAGCCCCGACCAGGAAGGGCAAGGGUAAGACCAGUGGAGUUGAAGCGAAGGAGGAGGCCAUGACGAUUUUAUGGUGCGGCAAUUGGCAGAGCAAAAUGUUGAAAUGUAACAAUUAUUUAUUUUUUAUGUGAAUAAAGUUUAUC